AUGGAUCCCACUUUGGGGGUGAAGGCAACAGGAAGGUGCGUGGUAUCACGAAAAAAAAAAGUUAGUUUCAUUUACUCCAUACCGCAGCGAAACAAUGCAGAACUCAUACUAAAUCAUUCCAGCGCGUAUCCUUUCAAAACGAGAUACAGUCAAGUAUUAUGCUCACAUUGUCACAAAGAAUUUGAAAUUCUCUCUGAAUUAAAAGUACAUAUGGGAAAAUAUCAUUUCAAUGCUGAUCAUAAGAAUGUAUUAUACGGUCUGAGAGGUCACUUGAUGAAGAUAGAUAUCAGUCAUUUGGAAUGCAAGCUGUGUAGACAAACGUUCCUCGAUAUAAACGAUCUAAUGUGUCAUUUCUCACAAGAACACGAUUUACCAGUUAAUUUCAACGCCAGCUUUGGCGUUCUACCUUACAAAUAUGUCGAUGAUCAUUGGGUGUGCGUCAGCUGCGGUAAAACUUAUUCUAAUUUCAAUGACAUCAAACGUCACACAUCUACCCACUUCAUGAAUUACAAUUGCGAGAAAUGUGGAACUACCUUCAUAUCUUAUCAAGCGUUGAAAGAUCAUCAGAGACAGGUAAAAUGCUAUAGAACAGCUUACAAUCCUCGGAACGGACGAGUCUUGAGACCGAGGAGUAACGCAGAAAUAAUAUUGCAAUGUUCCUCAGCUUACCCCUUCAGGACUUGGAUGAGCAAUUUGAAUUGCAUCUUCUGUAGAGUCAAAACUCGUGACCCUGUCUUCUUUCGGAACCAUAUGGAGGCAGAGCACAACACAUACGAUGUGCAAACUGCCUUUUAUAAAAAAAUGCGUAAAGCUUUCCUCAAUGUCGACAUAACUGAUCUCAAAUGUAAAGUAUGUUCAAUAACUAUUGAUAAAUUCGAAGACCUAAUAGAUCAUUUAAAGAACGAUCAUAAUCAACCUAUCAAAUCUGAUGCUCAAUCCGGUUUACUCCCGUUUAGAUUGAACGACGGAUCUUCAUGGAAAUGCGCGAUAUGUAACAAUCAAUUCAUAAAUUUCGAUGCUUUAAGAAAGCAUACUCAGAGUCAUUUCCAUAACUAUGUUUGUGAUACUUGCGGUGAAGGAUUUAUAACGGAAUCGGCUUUAAUAGCCCACAAUAAAAUACCUCAUGAGAACAAGUAUUCUUGCUCCAGAUGUAAAGCUACAUUCACGAGUUUAAAUGAGAGAAGUGCUCAUGUAAAAACCAAGCAUACAUCCAAACCCUAUGUAUGUUUGUGCUGCGAUGAUAAGCCACGCUUCUCUUCGUGGGAGAUGAAAAAGAAGCAUCAAUUGAUAGUUCAUAAUUAUGGAAGUGAUGGUGACAGUUACGCGUGUACGUUAUGUGGGAAAUCAUUCAAAUCUCGGUCCGGGAAGUAUAACCACAUGUUAAGGGUACAUCGACGUAUUAAUUCAGAGUUGAAUUUCAUUUGCUCGAAUUGUUCAAGAUCAUUCACUAGUCAAUUGUUUCUGGACAAACAUAUGGCUAAAAAACAUACUAUCUAGCAGUCGAACUUGGAUAAGCGAGAGUUCAGUAAUGACGGACUAUAUCCAUAAGCGAAAAAAAAUAUUUCGGUUCCUUGGAAUCUCGCAUAUUCAAGUUCGACAGUUUCUAUUUGAAUGAACUGUAACCAUAAUUUAGACUACAUUUCAAUGGCUCCUGCGAGUAAG